AUGAUUCGUGGCUCAUUAGUAUUGAGAAGCGUUACAGCACGUCGUUUCAUCUCAAGUGGUACCAAAUACACCACCUUGUCCAAUGGUAUCACUGUCGCCAGUGAAACUAUCCCAAAUGCACAACAUUCAUCAGUUGGUUUAUAUUUCUCCGCUGGUUCAAGAUCCGAACAUCCUUACAAUAAUGGUGUUUCUGCAUUGACAGCCACUGUCCUUUCACAACAACACAAUGCUUCUGCUGAUGGAGUUGUUGUAAGUGCUCAAAAUGGAAGAGAAUUCAAUGGUAUUGUUGCCGAAACCACCAAUGACAACAUUGAAGCUGCUGGAAAAUUACUUUCCACCAUUGCAACCAAUGCUGAAGAUAUUGUUUCCAAGGCUGAUUUCCAAUUUGGUAAAAACUUUUUAACCAACCAAGCCAAUGCACUUGAGGCUAAUCCAAGAUCAAGAGUUAUUAGUCACUUGUCUGCCACUGCAUACCAGGGUUACUCAUUGGGUUUACCUAAAUUGGGAACUGAAGAAUCAAUUUCAAACUUGGACCAACAAGAUUCAUUGCGUCAUUUGUCCAAACAUUUAGUUAAUGACAACAUUGUCAUUUCUGCUGCUGGUAGCUUUGACCAUGACAAGUUGGUUAAUGCUAUUGAAUCAAACUUGAAGGUUGCUCAAGGUGUUAAGCCAGAGAAGAAGCCAGCUUCGUUUUUGGGAUCAGAAGUCAGAAUGAGAGAUGACACUAUGCCAAAAGCAUACAUCUCAAUUGCUGUUCAUGGCGAAGGCUUAAACUCUCCAGAUUUAUACACUGCUCAAGUUGCUGCCAAGAUUUUCGGUAACUUCAACAUCCACUCACCAAAAGCCCACUACAAAUCAUCGAAAUUGUCAUCGAUUGUCCAAGAAUACAACAUUGUUGAAAAAUACGAACAUUUCUCAAAAUCAUUGUCUGAUCAUGGAUUAUGGGGAUUCUAUGCUGAAAUCCCAGAUAGAUUCACCAUUGAUGACUUUGUCCACUUCACAUUGAAGCAAUGGAAUAGAUUAUCCAUUUCAAUCAGUGAAGCUGAAGUUGCUAGAGCAAAAGCUCAAGUGAAAACUCAUCUUUUAAGAGGAUUGACUCAUACUAAACGUGUUGCUACUCAUAAUGCUAGAGACAUCUUGGCUGUUGGCCAUCAAAAAUCAAUCACUGAAGCAUUCCAAAAGAUUGAUGCGAUCACUGUUGCUGAUGUCAAGAAAUGGGGUCAAAACAAGGUCUGGGAUAGAGAUAUUGUUAUUUCCGGAACUGGUUUGAUUGAAGAUUUGUUGGACUACAACAGAAACAGAAAUGAAAUGGCCAUGAUGAGAUGGUAA